AUGGCAAAACGUAAUGUCCAGAGUUCACUGACGGAUUUUUUUUGUAAAAAAAGCAAAAUUUCUUCUGAAUCUAUUGAAGAAGCUGCUAGUUCUAGCCAAGCAAUUUGUACAGAUACUCCCACUUUAGAAGUUGCACCAAAUUGUAUUCAGACUCUGAUAGAAGUAAAUACAAGGAAUCAAACCAAAUUUGAUAAUUCAGAUAUCGGCUGCUGUUUUACUGAAAAACUAGAUGACGGAGUAAAAUUUAGACUUUUGACCUCUCCGUGGGUUCCAGAUGAAAAAUAUAAUUUUCCUGUUUCAAAGAAAAGGAACCUAAAAUUUCAAAUAGGUUGGCUAAAACGUUUUCCGUGGCCUAGUUACAAUAAUCAUGGUGAUCAAGGUGCAGUGUGUAAGUACUGCGCAAUAUUUGCGUCUGAAUUUAAUGGCAAAGGUAGUCACCAAAAGCUGUUUUCCUUGGUUGUAAAACCCUUCAAUAACUGGAAGGACGCCAUAGAGACAUUCGUGCAUCAUAGUAAUACUGACUAUCAUAAGAAAAGUACCGUCUUCGCUGAUAAUUUUGUAGCCACUUUUAACAGAUCGGCCCCAGAUAUUGUGAUGCAACUUGACUCUAGUCGUGCAAAACAAAUAGCGGACAAUAGAAAAAAAUUAAAACCUAUAAUCGAGACUAUUAUACUCUGUGGACGCCAAGAGUUGGCUCUACGUGGAACUAACGAUUCUGGUCCAUUGACUUUAAAUUCCAUAGAGCCUGUUUAUAAUGAUGGGAAUUUCCGGGCAUUACUGCGUAUGCGCCUAUCAUGUGGGGAUAAAGAUUUGAUUGAGCACAUUGAAGGUCAAUCUUUAAAUGCCAUGUAUAUAAGUCCAAUCAUUCAAAAUAAUAUAAUUCAAAUUUGCGGAAAAAUGAUACAAGAACAAAUUGUUUCCAGAAUAAAUAAAUCCAAAUAUUUUUCAAUUUUGAUGGAUGAGACUACGGAUAUUUCCCGGAUCGAGCAGUUAUCCCUUUGUGUGAGGUACAUUGACUCCAAUGAGCAGAACGGCAAUCCAGUCUAUAUUAUGCGUGAAGAUUUUCUACAAUUUGUGCAAGUUCAUAGUACAACUGGGAAUGAUUUAGCGACGGUAAUGUUAGAGUGUUUAGAAGAACUCAAGAUAGAUUGUACUUAUUUGGUUGGGCAAGGUUAUGAUGGGGCUGCAGCCAUGAGCGGCAGCUUUAAAGGCGUACAAGCAAUAAUAAGAGAAAAACACCCAGCAGCAUUAUACGUGCAUUGUAGUGCACAUUCUCUAAAUUUAGCUCUGGCUCACUGCUGCAAUGUCCAAAGCGUCAGAAAUUGUAUUGGAACCAUCAAAUCCGUUGCAAUCUUCAUAAAAAUGUCAGCAAAGCGGACUGAUAUUCUACAAAAUAAAAUUAAAGAACAUGCCCCUGAUAAUAAAUGGAAGAAGUUGACAACCAUGUGUGAAACUCGAUGGGUGGAAAAUCACGACGGAUUAAUUAGGUUUACAGAAAUUUUCAAGCCUCUUGUUGAAACACUGGAAGAACUACAAGUAGUGAAAGAUAUAGAGACGUCCUCAAAGGCUACACAGUUACAUCAUGCCAUUAUGACCGGUGACUUUAUUAUCAGCAUGUUAACCGCAACUACUUUAUUCGCGUAUACCCUACCUUUAUGCAGAAUUCUUCAGACAGUUAACAUCGAUCUCUUUUCAGCAACGGAACAUGUUGAUACUGUUUUAAGUCAACUUAAAAGUAUGAGAGAUAACAUAGAUCAAGUGUUCAGCAACAUUUUUGAAAAAGCCAAAAAACAAUAG